AUAGUAUUUAGUUUAGUUAUGUUAACUGUGACAGUAAGACGGAUAUGUUUCAUGCUAUAAUAGACGAACAUUUUAAUAAAAAAUAUUUAUGAUAUCGAGUACAAAUGGGUGUUAAGUUUUUUUAUUUGGUAGCUCUUUCUUUCACGACGCUAUGUAUUUCAUGCGGUUCAUCGGUAGAAAAUGACAGACUAUCUGAAACAUCUUCUGAAAACAGUGAAAUAAAAAGUGUUACUUCUCAAGAAGUUAUGCCAGAGAGUGAAAUCAACAAAAGUUUGUUAAAAAGAUUUAUUGUACCAACGCCAGAUGAAAUAGGUAGACAAUUAGCGUUGGAGUCUUUAGGAAAUGAAAAUCCCUACUAUUUGAGUAAGUCACCACAACAACAACAAUAUCAACAAGAAGAUAGAAAACACGCUAACGAAAGAUAUGGUUUCGCACCUUCAUCUCCAGGCGUUUUUAAAGAUCAACCAGAGAGCUAUCAACAGUUAGGUGGUAAUAACGGAGUUAAGUUAAGUUUGGAAGCAACUGGUUUCACAGAUUUUGUUCCGAGACAAAACCAAUUUAAAUCACCUCAACCAUCGCCACAAUAUUCUACUGGUUCAGAUAGUCCCAACUCUUCUCCAUUCGGUUCAAGUGGGUUUGAUCAUGAGUCGCCACCUGUAUCUGUUACUUAUAAUGGUAAUGGAAAUUCUGGUUAUUUAUUAAGUAACGGGAAUUCUGGAUAUUCUCCAAGUAAUAAAGGUCCAAGUUAUUCUUCAGACCACGGAGGACCUAAUUACUCUUCAGACCAUGAUGAUUCUGGUUACUCCUUAGGGGGUAGUUAUGAUUAUCCAAAACCUCAACAGCCAAUUAUACACAAAUCCGUAUAUGUGCACGUAGCACCACCUGAUGAUGAACCACCACGUAGGCCACGCGUCAUUGUAUCAAAAUCUCCACCUAAAAAGAAUUAUCAAAUAAUUUUCAUAAAAGCGCCUACGCCCGUUCCACCUAUUGCACCGAUUAUAGUGCCACCGCCUCAACAAGAGGAUAAAACCCUCAUUUACGUCCUACAUCCAAAACAAGAAGAACCUCCACCAAUACAUAUACCUGAGCAACCUGUUCAAAAGCCACAUAAACCAGAGGUGUAUUUCAUCAAGUAUAAAAAUCGCCACCAUGGAGAUGGUGAACAUGAUGGAGAUCAUGGUCAUAAUGGUAAUGGUGGAUAUCUGCCGGAACCAGGCAGUGAUUUUGGAGAACACUCCGGUAAUUACCGACGAUAUGGAAGAGAUGGUGGUGAAGAUCAAUUACUUAAAUCAUCAUCAACAUUAGAUAAUUUAGGAAGUUUAGAACAGGAAAUUAGAAAGAGUAGUACAUCUUCAGAACAUAGAAAAACAGAAGAGCAAGAGCCACAAGCAACUGAUGACGAAAAUGAAGUCAGUGAAAUUGGAAGUAAAAAUGCCAAUAGUUCUGAUUACUAUAAUAAUGAUGACGCUUCAGUGGAGAGUAGUAAUCAUAGAGAAACAAGAGUUCUAUCGACAAAAAUUAUGCCAAAAGGCAAGAAUGGUCAUUAAAUAUACUUCAACUAUAUUAAUAAAAUCAUAAAUAAUUUGUAGAAUUUUUUUUUGUAAGUACGGUAACAUGUUUACUUUAGUUAAUUUGUAAAAAUAAACAAUGUGUUUGAAAUAUAUAUUC